AUGUUGGUUCGGAUAUCAGACGAGGACGAUGUCGAAGUUGGCAUUGACCAUGAGCGGACCACUGGGACUUCGGUGCUAAAUGUGAUGGAGCAAAUAGUAAGACUCAGGCACGAGGAGAUCGAGAGCGCCCGUACUUGUUGCCCCUACGCUUUUAUCUCGUCCAGACACUCUACUCCGUGUAUGCAGUUCUGUCGUUACGCCGUUUUUGUCGGGGUGUGUUUUUGCGCUUCGGUCUGGCUUUCCGUCUCUGACUCACGGCACCGCAUGGUAGAACGGAUUCCUGCGGUCCUGCAGCGUCGUAUAGGUAGUAGUACCAUACCGAGCUCAGAAGAUCUAGCUUUCAGGAGGGGAUCCUCAGGCACUGCGGCCGCGGGUGCAGAAGCGAAAAAUGAACAAGCAGCAUCAGGUGACGGAAGCACAGCUCGUCUCGGCUUCUCUUUAUCAUCAAGUGCAAGAAACAGCACGACGCAAGAUCAUGGCGACACAAUGAAGAUGCGCGGCCGGCAGCAAGCAAACUACAUUCCUCCCCGGGAUGGCCCAAGAUACGAGAAACUGUGGCGCAAACUGUGCCCGAACUACGAGACGCUGAAAGCAGAUACUGAAGUGCGGCGAUUGCCGUCGCAAAACGUGUUUCUGACGGGUCGCUUUUUCCCCGACUUGAUGGACGGCCCAGUGCGGAAGGCAUUGUUUCCGGACGCGAAAUUUCUUGCUUUUUUUGAUAACCUGGCAACGGACGAAAGCAUCCGGCUGAUAUCAGCCUUUUUGGAGGAGCAGAAGAUCUUCCAUCCGCCAGAAGCUCAGGGGCAGCAGCAGUACACUGGUUUGAAGAAAGAUCCACAGCAAUCAAACAACAACCCCACCAGCGACGCUGAGCAUGCCGCGCAGCAAAGCAGGCCGUGGACGCUGCUGCGCGCCUACCGCGAGGUAAACGCGUGGUCGUUUCGUGCGGAUAUUUGGCGGAUCGCUAUUAUCUACGCUUGCGGCGGCCUUUACCUAGACGCCAAGGCAACCUGGCCCGAAAGCAGGCACUACACCGCGGAUAUGAGACAGGCGAAAAGUGCUUCAUCCGGAUCCGGUCCAGACGAGGCUCGCGGCCCGGGCGCGCCGACACAGCGGCGAAACCUGGCACAGCAAAAGUCUUUCGGUGAUCACUGGAAUCAUACGGCGGGGCUUCACGAUGACAAGUUCGGCUCGUCGUCCCCUGGCGUAGUUGACGCGCAGUCGAAGGAGACAACAAGAACUUUGUGGGCAACAUCAAGCAUCAGGGAUCCCUACGAGGGGACAAAUCGUAAUCACUCAGAAUCACACCCGCAUGAUGACUCCCGCAGUGCUUCCGGCAGUAUAAUUUCGUCUCAGGGUCAGUCCAGCACCAGGACCAGCAGAGGAGAGGGGAGCAACAAUGCUUCUCGAACUCCAUCAGGAUCAGCACCGACGAGAAAACUAGGUCUGGCUUCUGAGCAAGAUGAACCUGCUGACAGGACGCUACAAGAAGAAGAACAGCUUGACGGAGGUGUAGGGCAGGCGGGAACAGAGCCCGGCGAGGCCGAGCAGUUAGCGGUGCUGCGUGCGAAAGCCGAGAAGGCUGAAAAAGAACGACAGUCUGCUCUGUCUCCCCGCCAUAGGACGAAGGGACGCAAGCGAAAAAAGUUUGUGGACGAUGAAGAAGAUGAGGACGGAGAGCGUGUGCCGCGGAGCAGGAGGUCGCGUGGGGGUGCACGGGCGGGCCGUGAAGAUGUUGAUGCUUCGAAAAAUAAAAAUGCCGAACACACAGCGAAAAAAGCGCCGUGGGAAAAAGUGAAACUUUUCUCACCAAUAGCGAUGCUGCGACGGAGUAAAAGAGAGCGUGAAGCAAGAUGGUUCACCUCACACUUGAAAUAUGAGCGCACCUCCUCGGUUUUUCAGAAACUCGCGCCCGAUGGAAGUAUGAGUCCAGGGGAGGUGAUGUUCUGCCUCGACACCGAUAUCCUGGCCCCGGGUAGCUGUGGCCUCACGAACAACCUGAUUGCGAGCUACCCCCGCAAUCCCGCUCUACUCUACAUAUUGCGCGCACAAAUCCAGAAUGUCAUGGAGCACCGCUACGAUUUCGGAGACGACGUGACCUCCCGGGGGCACGAGGACCUGUUUCUGACCGGCCCGGGCCUCGUGACGAGCGUGGUACUGCGGGAGCCGUGCUUGCGGCGCACGCUGGUGCCGCGGUGCGCAUAUGCCGACGCGGGUCCGCUUUUCCAACACGUUCGACGGGCGCAGCCGGAAGUCGUCAACGCAGUGUGCGGUCGCCCGGGCCACAACGACGCAUGCACGGGAGAGGGGUAUCACGUCGCAUUCUCACCCGCGUAUUGGGCGGAAUUUAAAAAAGUCGGCGCAGAAAUCAAGAAACGGUCGGCUCCCGACAUCUGCGACGAAAGCCGGAUGUUGCGAGGAUUGAAAACCAUGCCUCUCGCCGGGAAGCGCCCCUUAUUGCUGAGAGCAAGAACCUCCACGCCCGAAGAUUCGUUCGAAGACACUGGGCCCCUGGGGGACGAGGAAGAUACAACAGGUUCUACAACUCGCACAGGCGUGAACAAAGACGAAAACUUUUACGAUGAUAGACAGCCGGCACUGCUGGAGCUGCUUGUAGAUGAUUGGCGGGAGAACCCUUGGUCGCCGGAAAAGGUCGACGUGCGCAAGGACCUGAUGACCUCCUUUGACAAGGGCGUGCACCAGGCGAUGCACAAGCGGAAGAAACACUCCGAUUGCAGUGCAUACGGGGACAUUUUUAAUCACCACAAAGUGUUUUGUCGCGAUUUGGAGGGCCCCGAAGACCAUUGCCUGCAGGCGUGCUUCCAGAAAGACUCCUUUUCCACCAUUUUUCAGAAACGCAUGGCUCCGACAAGAUUCCAAAGCCCGACACUCUACCAGAUAAAAUCCACGACCAAGAGCAACGCGCCACUUUCCGAUAGCGCCGCUCUUGGGGGUGCGGGUCGCUGA